AGUGUGUACGUACUUAAUUUUAUCCUUAUUUAAGACACAACCAUAUCCGCACUCUUUGCUUCCUUCAUCACCCCGCUUCUCUCACCUUCUUCAAUUCGUUUCCUCUUACAGCAACCCACAACCAUGGCUGAGCCUGAAGCAACAACAACUACUCCUCCCACCAUGGCAAAGCUUCCAUGGCAUGUUCGCCUCUCCAUCUUCCUCCUCUCCGCCCUCUCCAACACCUCUCGCCGCUCCAACGGCACCGUCAACCGCCGCAUCUUCAACCUCCUCGACCGCAAGGUUCCCCCAAACACCAAACCCGUCGACGGCGUCUCCUCCUCCGACGUCACCAUGGACCCCACCCGCGACCUCUGGUUCCGCCUCUUUACCCCCUCCGCCGCCUCCUCCGCCGCGUCCCUUCCCCUCGUUGUGUUCUUCCACGGCGGAGGUUUCUCCUUCAUGUCUCCGUCGUCGAUCCAAUUCGACACCGUCUGCCGCCAGUUCUGCCGUUCCUUCCACGCCGUCGUCGUCUCCGUCAACUACCGUCUCGCCCCCGAGCACUGUUACCCUACCCAAUACGAGGACGGAUUUGAUGCCCUUAAGUUCAUUGACCAAAACGGCGACGUUUUGCCCCGUUCCGCUGACGUCAGGAAAUGUUUUUUGGCGGGUGACAGUGCGGGCGGGAACUUGGCCCACCACGUGGCGGUUCGGGUCGCUCGAGAGAGGCUCCAAAGUAUUAAAAUUAUCGGGCUCAUUUCGCUGCAACCGUUUUUCGGGGGAGAGGAGCGAACCGGGUCUGAGAUCCGGCUCAAGCGGGUUCCGUUUAUCUCGGUAGAUAUAUCUGACUGGCAUUGGAAGGUUUUUUUGCCAACCGGGUCGAACCGGGACCAUGACGCGGUUAAUGUGAGCGGGCCGAAUGCUGAGGAUAUUUCAGGUUUAGAUUACCCGAAUACACUUGUGAUUGUGGGCGGAUUCGACCCCUUGCGGGAUUGGCAAGUGAGGUACUAUGAGUGGUUAAGGAAAUCAGGGAAAGAGGCUCAGCUAAUUGACUAUCCAAACAUGUUUCAUGGUUUUUAUAUCUUUCCGGAUUUGCUUGAUGCUUCUCAGUUGAUUUCUCAUGUCAAGGAAUUCAUGAACAAGCAAAUUUCCAAUGCGAAGUAAUUAGAUUGUAUCAAAUUUGGAUGUUGAUUUUUAUAUCUUUUGAUGUGCCACUUCCAUAUGAGCAAUGUGAAGGCUCGGAUUGUAUCAGAUUUAUGCGACCAGCAAGGGCGGAUGUAUCCCCCACCACUCCCACCAAGAUUUGUAUACAUUUAUUGAUGUAAUGAGUUGUCGUUUAAGCUGUUCAAAAGAAAUUUCCAUACGAAUAA